GAAGUUGAACGAAAGGAAUGAAAUCACUUUUGUUCUCGACGAAGAGAAUAUGGCGGUGCAGGAUGUGCAAAAGCUUUUAAUUUUCUGAAUAUAUGUGCGAUAUUUUAGGCUUCUUAACUUUCAAGUUACACUAGAGAUAAUAUUGCAUGUGAUCCAUAUGGUGAGAUACUAAAUUAGUUAAAUUUCUAGUCUGACUUGCAAUGAAAAUUAUUACUUCAUUGGUGGUAUAAAAAUAAUUGUGACAAAUAUAGCACAUAAUUUCAGCUUGCUAUGUUUGACAUGGCUACGCUCAUCCAAGAGAAUGGUAUAAAAGAGCUAAGCAAAGCAACACAUGGUGUUGUGGUUAACCAUGGUAUGAGUACACAUGCGGUCGCCAGCCACAUGGUACCGGACCAUGAAUAUUGUGAAGCAGGCAAACCGGAGCAGCCUGUGCCGCAAUGCAUUGAGACAGAUGUUGCUAUGGCCCAACAGGAACCAAAAGAAGAAGAUGAGGAGGAAACUCCUGAAAUAGACAUAAUGAUAAACAAUGUUGUGUGCAGUUUUAGUGUUAAGUGCCACCUGAACUUGAGACAGAUAGCGUUAAAUGGUGUAAAUGUUGAAUUCCGACGCGAGAACGGAAUGGUGACGAUGAAGCUUCGGCGUCCAUAUACAACGGCAUCCAUAUGGUCGUCGGGCCGCAUAACGUGCACAGGCGCCACCAGUGAGGAUCAGGCAAAGAUAGCUGCGCGGCGAUACGCGCGUGCCUUACAGAAGUUAGGAUUCCAAGCGCGAUUCCGCAACUUCCGCGUUGUCAAUGUCCUGGGGACCUGUCGAAUGCCAUUCGGCAUUCGAAUUAUAGCAUUUUCCAAAAAAUACAAAGAAGCAGACUACGAGCCGGAACUCCACCCAGGCGUCACAUACAAACUCUACAACCCCAAAGCCACCCUAAAGAUUUUCUCAACUGGCGGUGUCACAAUCACAGCUCGAAGCGUGAGCGACGUGCAGUCAGCCGUCGAGCGCAUUUUCCCUCUGGUGUACGAGUUCCGCAAGCCCCGUACAGCUGCCGACGAUGAGCUUCUGCGACAGAAGCGCGCCGCGCGGCGAGGCGCGGCCCCCGCCCCCGAGCCCCCGCGUGCCCCGCCCCGCGCGCCCGCCCCGCCCCCGGCCCCGCCCGGCCCCGCCGAUGACCCCAUGCACCUGGUCACGCUCUCCGACGACGACAAGGACGCGUGGGAGUGACGCGCCGGCCCCCGCGCUCGCUAUGAAACGACGGACUCCGUUUGGCAUAUAAAGCAAUAACCAUCGGUUAGUGCAAUCGCGUGUGAAUUGUCGGCGAGCUCUUUUCGGUUCAUGCCAAAGAUAUUUAUUAGGAGGUGCUUCGCGCUUACGACGGACGCCGCCCGGGUCGCGCCGAGGGACGUAUCCGCGGACGCGGCUCGCUCGUGAUUAUCUGUGAGGGAUGAUUCACUUCGUACUGCCGGUCGCAAUUUGUUCUCGGUCCGGUAAAUAUUACCAUAUUCGUUAAUGCUCUCGCCUCGAACUUCGGUCCAGUGAUUUAUAUAUUGACUCAUUGUAGUACUUGACGAACGCCGUGCCGAAUACGGCUCAUGUCAUAACUGGACCAAAGCUGGAGCGAUAGCUCUUUGUGUCAAUAAUUGUAUACUUUAAUGGAUGAAUAAUUACUCUGACCGAGGCUGUACCGGAUACAGACAGCGGUCGACACUAUUAUCUGAAUCUGCCCCUAGUAUGCGUAGAUACGGUUGAUUCGUUUAACUCGUUUGAUUCUAAACCAAAUUGUCGUUAUUAAAAAUAAAAAAUGAUGUGAGAAUAUAUCUCUACCGAUACUCAAAUCUCGUUUUUUAUUUGCCGUUGUGAUCGAUAAAUGUGUAGUGAUAAUAGUGUUCACGAUAAUGUUCUAAUUGACUGAAUGUUAGCGUUAGUGAUUGUAAAUACGAAAGCUUUAGACAUUAUACAUUUAAUUAAAAA